AUGGCCACCAGCGCCAUAUCCCGCAUCCCGCAGGGGCUUUUCGAGCACAUCCUCCGUCUGCUCAUGCUCGAGCCUUGCGACAGCGACGGGAAAAUGGUCGGGUGCCGCACCGUCGCACGCCUCGCUAGAACCUGCCGUCACCUACACGAACCCGCCGUCAACGUGCUGUGGCACACCAUUCCCGACAUAGCGAUCCUCUUUUUUGCGCUGCCGCGGCACAGGUACCAGGUGCAACGCCUCCUGUUGGACGAGACGGACAAGACCAUGAUGGACGAGAAGAUAUACGCAAGUGCGUUUGCGGGGAGACCCGUCGAGGCCGGGCUCGUGCGGUUCUUCGCGUAUGCCCACCGCGUCAAGGCCAUCUCACACCGCUGCGUUCAUCUGCCGCCCCAGUUAGGCAUCCUGUGCGCGAACCCCGAGGCGUAUCACGAACUCGCUAGGGUUCUGCAGGACCGCCCCCUACUGCCCAACAUCGAGUCCAUCGAGUUCCACCGCAAGCCCGUGGUGUCUACGGCCGUCUUCCGUUCCUUCCACAUCAUGUUCGGCCCCAACCUCAAGAAGCUCAGCAUCUACAGUCGCGAAGGACAAAUCAAGGAGUACGCCUGGCUGUGGCGCGACCCGGCGCUCGGACUGGAGCUGCAAGAGGAGGAGGACUUCAAGGGCAUGCUCGCAGAGCUGGGGAAGCGCGUUCCACGCCUGGAGACGCUCGAGCUGAACAUGUACCCCAGCGGCGCGACGAUGGCGCUCGCGACGUCGGUCGCGCUCGCCGAGGAUAGGUUUGAACAUCUCACCACACUGCGCAUUCAAGAGGACUGUCUCCCAAUCAGGGCGGACGCGUUUAUCGCCCUGGGCUAUCUCUCUCGUCUACAUACGCUCGAAGUCAGUUCGAACAUCGCGUUCUGGACGGAAGCCGAGUUGCUGGACAUCGCCUCCGAAGACCCGCUCUUCCGUGACUUGCGGAAUCUGAGCAUCACGGGGAAUAUGAUCGGAGUGCCCGCCGCGCUGUUGCAGUAUGUGAGCUCGGCCUGCCUGGAGUCGCUCACCGUCGGCACGGACGACGACACCGUGCGGCGCGCCGUCGACAUCCUCAUCCGAAUCAUAGCCGAUAUGCCCUGCCGGGACAGCCUCAAAGUGUUGAACGUGCACGUCCCGGACGUCCUGCACGAGACAGUCAUGGUCGAGGCCGCGCGCGUUCGAGCUCGCUAUACCUCGGACCCACAAUAUCGACCGUCACGCCGCCGCGCGCGCGCACCCGAACCUCUGACCCGCGCGACGUUCGAGCCGCUCAUGAAGAUGCACAGCCUGGAAGAGGUCGUGCUGGACAUCCACUGCCCGCUCGACCUCGACGACGCCCUGCUCGAGUCCUUCGGCCUCGCCUGGCCGAACCUGCGCCUCUUCAACCUCGGCGCCCCCUCCCCAUGGGGCACGCUCACCACAGACGUCCGCGUCGGCGAGGUGCACGAGUUCCAGCCGUUCGUUCCCCGCAAACCCGCGCCCCAAUCCGAGGGCGAAGGCGAAACAGACGCCGCCCCGCCGGACGACGACUCGGACACCGACGAGGAGUUCGCGGACAUCGAGAUGAUGGGCGCGUGGACGCCCCCGCGCGUGACGCUCCAGGGCGUGCUCGCCUUCGCCGCGCGCGUCCCGCACCUCGCCGAGCUCGGGCUCGACAGCUUCGACGCGACGCUCGCCGCGGUGCCCCCCGCGCGCCUCGAGCAGCGGCCUGCGCGCGGGGUGGUUAGGGGGGAGCUGAAAACGCUGCAUGUGGGGCUGGCGCCGAUUGCGGACCCGUGGGCGGUCGCGGCGGUGCUGUCGGACGCGUUCCCGGGGCUGGUGGGGCUGGACUGUCGGUGGAAGUCGUUGGAGGACGAUGAGGAUGAGGAUGGGGAGGGGGAGGGGCCGGAGCGGGAUUGGUGGACGUUGGCGAGGUUGUAUAGGAGGCGGUGGGCGAGGGUGGAGGGCUUGGUGCCGCAGUUUGCGAAGGUGCGCGGGCAUGAGCGGAUGAGGAAGCGGAGGGCGGUGGAUGUGUGUCCAUCGGAGGACAUGCAAGACGCCUGGAUUGACCUGUCUUGA